GCUAUACAAACUUAUCUACUCUAUAACACAUUAUUCUAUCAAAUCCUUUCACAGGUAGUUGGAGGACUUUUAUUGGCGAUGGGCGUAUGGUUGCGUACUGACAGCAGAUUCAGGGAUUUUCUUAGCGAACGGUACCGACAAGCAGUGGAGGAAGCGUUUUGGGAAGCUCCAACUUUGUAUGCCUUUUCAUAUAUCAUUAUCGUCCUAGGAUGCUGCAUGAUCGUAGUUGCCUUUUUUGGUUGCUGUGGUGUCAAUGCAGAAAAUCGUUUGGUGCUCAUCAUUUAUUCCAUGGCUGUAUUUCUUCUUUUGAUUGCUACACUUAGUUGUGGGAUAUAUCUCUUCUACAAGAGGGAAGGGAUUGAUGUGGAAUUAUCCGAUGCUUUGAAUUAUAUGGUACAGCAUUAUUAUCAAGGUGCCGGAAUUGUUCAAGAAUCUCUCGAUCAUCUUCAAACGACAUUUCGCUGUUGCGGAAAUGCUGGCUGUUCUGACUUCCGGGCUUUUCGCCAAGAUCCACCGCGAUCCUGCGAUAUCAGAUGUGAUGGAUGCCACUACAGGAUUUGGGUUGCUCUCAGCAUAGGAUUUUCAAUAACACUGGUCGUUUUCUUUGCUGUUAUAAUCUGUCAAGUUUUGGCUCUUGUUUUUGCGUUAUAUCUCGUAUUCACUCAAGCUCCUCGAGUUCGUUUGGUCAGUUUAAACUUUCCUCUUGUCUACGUAAAUACCUCAAAACCAGAACCAACGUUAACGCGAGAAGCUUUGAAACGUCAUGAUCUACCAUACGGUUUGCGAAAGGAUCGACAAAGAAAAUACUACUAA